AUGAUUCAUGCCCGUAUUUCGUCCUCCUUCCGCCGCACCCAUCCCCCUGACCGUUCCCCCUCCCCCCUGACCGCAUGGGAGGCGGCAUAUGGGCUGCAGGCGGACUCCCCCCUUCCCCCUUCCGCCAUCGCCCUUCCCCCUCGUGUUCCCCCUCCCCCGCACCUGGAGGACUGCGCUGCCCUGACUGCCUGGCGCUGGGCGCAGGAGCAGGGGGAGGCGGGGGAAGAAGGGGAAGCGGGGGGGGCGGGGGAAACGGGGGAAGGGGGGAAAGCAGGAAGAGUGGGGGAAACAGGGGAAGCAGGGGGAGAAAUAGGGAAAACGGGGGAAGUGGGGGAAGGAAAAGGGGGAGAAUCGGGGGAAGGCGCCCAAGGAAGGGGAGAAAGGGGGAAGCUUCCCCCUUGGGCGGCACAACCCCACCCCCAGCCGCCCUGGAUCCUCGGGUCUGACGCAGCCAAUCUGGCGAUGACACGUGUCGCUCAGCGGGACAUCUGGGCACACCAGUUUCCCCCUGGGGGGGACUGUAGCAGAGAACGCCUCCUAUUGGUCGAUUGGCCAAGCUCGGCGCACGGGAUUGGCUCACAGCUGCACAUCAUGAGCGCGAUUAUGAGCGUUGCAAUGCGGUUCAGAAGGCCACAGGCACCUUUGAUUCCUUCCGCUGCUACUUCUUCCCCCUCUUCUCCUCACGUUUGUGUCAGCUUGACCCAUUCUCUCCCCUUCUCCCUCGCCCUCCCCCCUCUUCCACCCGUUUCCGCCCUCCGUUUCCCCCAACUUCCAGCCACGGGCACUUAUGGUUCCUUCCACUGCUACUUCUUCCCCCUCGUAUCUCCAACCUGUGAACACGAAGCUGAGCUGGCGGUGGCGGCAGCAGCAGCAGCCAAUGAGACGCUGCCACGUAUGACAGAGGAGAGCAAGGAGGCGGUUCUGGCGUCAGAGCAACGCGUGGUGCUGUUCCAUGGGGAGCCUUAUAACGGAUUACGCUUUGAAGGGGAUGUGAGCCGUUGGCCCAAUGCGUAUCGUGAGCGGCCCAACACCAUGGAGGUGGUUGGAUUCGUGGGGGAGGGGGAUGAGACAAGACAACGGGUGCACUGGUGGCGGGCUCAAUCCAUCCGCUUCCUCCUCCGCUUCCCCUCUUCUUACCUCUGCCACAUCACCACCCACACCUCCUACGGUCUCUCAGUUGCCGCCCACCUCUCCGCCUCUGCCGCCCAGCAGGCCGCCCUGGCCCACACCCACCCAGAGAUUUUAUCCUCGCUAAGAGCUGCUGCACCGCCGUGUAUAGGCGGCGAUGGAAGCAGUAACAGCGCUGGAGCAGUGGCUAAUGAUAUAAGCACUAACGGUAGAAGUAGUGAGGGGGUUUCUGACGUAAGCAGUAGUGGCAGUGACUCUGGUAACCCAAGCAGCAGCAGUGGUAACCCUAGCACUAACCCCAGCAGUAACCCCAGCAGUAGCUCUACUGGUAGUAACCCCACUGAUAACCCUAAAUUUACAGGGGCAUUCCCGCCUGUAGACAGUGUUGUCAAUGGUUGCACUCUCGAGUCAAGGGCCUGGGCAGAGAGGCAACCCACCAGCUGCAGCUGUAGCAGCACAGACAGCACCGGUGCGACAAAUACAACGGAUAUGACUGACAGAAGAUUCCUCAGCUCCAGACCUCUAGCUCUGGGAGCCGAACCUUAUGUGCCGCGGCCGAUAGUGAGUGUGCAUGUGCGGCAGGGCGAUAAGGGAAGUGAGAUGCAUCUCAACUCGUUUGCGGCUUUCAUGUUCUUUGCGUAUCGGCUGAGACGUGUGGAGCCGGAGUUGAGGCACGUCUGGCUGAGCACCGAGAUGCAGUCUGUCAUCGACCAGGCAACUCAAUUCAAGGAUUGGUCUUUUCAUAUUUCCCACGACCAGCACCAAAGCAGCAACAAGCACAUGUCCGUUGUCGACCAAACAGCCCAAUUCAAGGACUGGUCAUUUCAUUACUCGCACAACCCGCGCCAAAACAGCACCAAAUUUAUGGUGGAUUAUGAGAGAGACGUGGGGCACCAACUAGUUGGCAUUAGCUUUGCCAAUCUGAUAAUUUCCUCUCAGUGUGAUUAUUUCGUGGGCGCUCUGGGCUCGAAUUGGAAUAGGCUGAUGAACGAGCUGCGGAUAACCAACGGCCGGCUUUUUAGAGGAUAUGUAACGCUAAAUGAUGAUGAAUUCUAA